AUGUAUCAGAUUAGCAAUUACAUUGUUGAAAUUGAUAAAUACUUUAGAAAAAUAAGCAGCUGUAAUAUUUCUCGUAUUCCGGAAAAGAUAUUUCGCCUUUUUAGAAUGGUAAAAGUUAUAGAUAUUAGUUAUAAUCAACUGGAAACCAUUGAUAUCACUGAUCUAGCAGAGACUUAUCGGGAUAGUCUUGAAAAUCUACAAUUAUCUGGAAAUGCAUUACAAAAUUUAACGUUUUCAAAAGCUGUGCAAUAUCAAGUAAUUACUACUCUGAAUAUAUCUCAUAAUAACAUUUCAAAUAUCUGUGAACAGCGUUUGGGAAAUUAUUUUCCAUCUCUUCAGAUCUUAAAUGCAUUAGGUAAUCAUCUUGCCUACCUUACUCCUGUAUCGUUUUAUGGACCACCCUUGCUUUUGACAGUUAUAACAGAGCGAGAAUAUCUCUGCUGCAUGGUUCCUGCAAAAGUGAGAAUUUGUCAACCAAGCAUGUAUUCUGAUACUCUGUCCUCAUGCUAUCGAUUACUGGCACACAUCACUUUACAAACAUUUAUUUGGAUUGUUGGUGGUCUAGCUCUUCUUGGUAAUGUUUUAGUUCUGAUUCAGAACUACCACCUAAGCAAGAGAAAAAGAAAAAGUGUUCCUACUUUUUUGGUUAGCAAUCUAGCGGUAUCCGAUUUAAUUAUGAGUCUCUAUUUAAUGAUCAUUGCCAUUGCUGAUUUAAUGUUUACUCGUGGUGAUUAUGGAAUCAAAUCGGAAACAUGGCUAUCGCAUCCAGCUUGUCUUAUUGCUUGCUUUUUUGUAACAUUAUCAAGUUUAACAUCGGUUUUUAUAAUGAUUAUUAUCAGCACUGAUAGAUACAUUUGUAUCGUAUAUCCUUUCUCGACUAAAAGAAUGACGGUUGGACGGGCCAAGAUUGCAUUAGGAGUAUUAUGGUCAUUUAGUAUCAUUUUCUCAGCUGUGCCAGUGUUAUUUAGUAUACAACAACCAGGCUAUUUAAGAAUUUAUAAGUACAGUAGUAUGUGCAUGCCUAAUAAUUACCAAAAUUUUUACUUUAAAAUUUGGAUGAUCUCCUAUUUAGCAAUGACAUUUAUGGCGUGGAUCAUUAUGAUUAUACUGUAUGUUCGUAUAUUUUUCGCUGUCAAAGAAAGCAGUAAAAACAUUCGAAAAUCAUCAACAACUGAUAAUAAGGCUUUAGCCGUAAGAUUGGCUCUAAUUUUGGUGUCUGAUUUAGUGACAUGGGUACCAUAUUACUAUAUAAGCGUAGCAGGGCUAUUAAAAGAUGGACAAGUAGAUACUGUCGCACUACAAUUUAUUGCAACGUUUGUUUUGCCUUUAAAUUCAGCAAUUAAUCCUUAUUUAUACACUUUGACCAGUGUAGAAGUUAUUCGAUUAAUAUUUAAGCGCCGACCAGAAACUGGUGUAACUUCUACAUUCACUCGUACUCAAAAAGUCGACAUUAAUAGUAUCUACGAAAAGAAGGUGGUUCAAAUGGAAACGUUCGUAAAUGAAAUCUCUGACGAUUAA